UAGUAGGCGGGCGCUGAGCAAAUAUCGAGCGCUUCCUGUUUCUUGGGCGUUUUAAAUAUUUUAAGUCGCGAAUCUGUAACUUGGUCGUCAUGUCGAACAACAACGCCACCAGUACGAGCCUGGCCGUCGCUCACAAGGCUGUGAAACAGCUGCGGCUCGAAGCCAGUGUCCGCCGAAUCCAUGUCUCCCAGGCAGCUACAGAUCUGAAGAAUUUCUGCCUCCAGAACGCUCAUAAAGACCCUCUGCUGAUGGGUGUCCCAUCCGGCGAUAACCCCUUUCGCCCUCCCAAAUCAUGUGGCCUGCUCUGAGGUGAUGGUCAUCCAAGAAGACUCCAUGGAGCAACGCGCACACACACACACACACACACACACACACACACACACAGCUCUUCUUGCUGGAUGUCUUGCUCCUACACUGUGCAUGAUCCCUAAAUUGCAGUAUCAUAUUUACACUAAAUAUGGGGUCCUGAACGAACGGCCCACUUCCUGCCUUCUCAGUGCUUUAGAGACUAUAGAUAACUGAUUAAAAAUAAUUAACUACUACUUUUAAACAUGGGAGAAAAGUUAUGAAAAAAGAGACCUUGGUGUUUGGGAUUUAAAAUGCUGAAGUGGAUCAUUCAGAGCAGGAUUGGUUUUUUUUUGGGAGUUAAUGUUGCCACUUCUCACUUGUAUAUUAAGACAGAAUCCUUCCACACACUUAUAGACUCUCUUUACGUACUGUAGUUGCAAGACUUCAGGUAGCUCUGAAGUUUAAUGUUCAUUUUGCUUGGAGAAACAAAGUUCUGCAUUAUUUUAUAAAUCUGUGUCAGGUGAUUAAACUGUUAACAAAACAUGCUCUGUCUGGGGUAACGUAACGCUUGUCCUGAUACUGUAGUGUUACAGUGCUGAUAUCAGUCUUUCUGUCAGGUGCGUGAAAUUAUAAAGUCAUCAGCUUUAUAAUGGGUUUCUGAUUGUCCACUGAAGAACAUUACUAUAAUGUACUAUAAAUGUUUCAGCUGUUAUUAGAUGUUCCAGUGUUUAGACCACUGACUGAUGGCACCGUAAUCACUUGACCAUCACGUCUACCUUAAACACACUACACAAACAGAAGCUUAAAUCUAGAAACAUUAAGACUCAGUGUUUAAUAAUGUAUGAAAGAGCUACCAGUAAAUCGACAUUUGGAAUCCUAACUCAUCUGGAGAACACGAGAGGAAGAACAUUGUUUUUCAGAGUGUUAGGAACGAGCACAUUAGUAUUGGCUUCUUCGUUGUAUGAGGCGCAGCAACCUGCCUUGUGGAAGCUUUUCCACCUUUUUCAUAAAUUUCACCUUCUAGCAUUGAGACGAAGACAAAUGGAAGGUAUUUAGAUAAAUGUUGAGUGGUUGUUAGACGUUAUUAGAGGUUUCUAACACCAGGGUGCAGAUUUUCCAAAGUGAUUCUUUACAAAUUUAUUAGCAAUUGAUUUACAUCAAAAAUAUUGGAGUUUUGGUCUACUGACUCAUAUUAGUAUUAUUCUCCACACGUGUUUUGCUCUUGAUCAUUAAACCCUAAAUCCAAACACAUUCCUGAUCACACGUACAGAUUAUGACACUAUAUAUGUGCUGUGUUUUUUACACACACACACACGUACAUACACACUCUCUCUUUCUGGAUAUGCAAGCUGCAUAAUUACUAAUCGUUAGGUAGAAAGAUUUAUAACACUACAGAGACUUUAACACUGCAGCAUAAAAUCAGUCUUCUUGGUGUUUCUGUGUUUUGGGUGAAUUUUUUUUCUUUCUAAUAUAGUUUGUAUUUUCACUUUCAGUAAAGUAUGGAAAGGAAACUCUAAUCCAUUCAUCACUGAACCUUAGCUUUUCUUAAUUAUUGUUUGUUUGUAUUUAGUGAGACUCUACAAUCUGCGUGCCUUACAGUGUCAUUGUAAAUUUUUCAGUAAAUCUACACACUUUACCUGUCA